AUGCUUGUACCUUACCAAGACAUCUGGUGCACUGGCUGCUUCCUCUUCUCCAGGCCCUUUCAGUAUGAGCUCAUCAAAGUGGUGGGCCAGCAGGCUGCCCUGGGGGAUGCACAGGUCCCUGUCGAGAAGACGUCCCUCCUGGUGAAUAACAUCUUUGUGGUGGCUGCAGCGAUCCUGUUUGGCUUCAGCCGCAAAGCAGGCUCCUUUGAGAUGAUCAUGCUGGGAAGACUGCUCGUGGGAGUCAGUGCAGGCGUGAGCAUGAGUGUCCAGCCCAUGUACCUGGGGGAGAGUGCUCCCAAAGAGCUCCGAGGAACCGUGGCCAUGACCUCAGCCAUCUUCACGGCUCUGGGGCUCGUGAUGGGACAGGUGGUUGGGCUAAGGGAGCUCCUGGGUGGCCCGCAGGCCUGGCCCCUGCUGCUGGCCAGCUGCCUGGUGCCCGGUCUGCUUCAGCUAACCUCCCUGCCCCUGCUCCCGGAGAGCCCACGGUACCUCCUCAUUGACCGUGGAGACACCGAGGCUUGCCUGGCAGCGCUGCGGCGGCUGCGAGGCACCCAGGACGUGGCGGCGGAGCUGGAGGAGCUGGAGGAGGAGCGCUCUGCCUGCCAGGGCCGCAGGGCGCAGCGCCCGUGGGAGCUGUUCCGGGAUCGGGCCCUGCGGAGGCAGGUGAUAAGCAUCGUGGUGCUGGGCAGCGCCAUGGAGCUCUGCGGGACCGACUCGGUGUACGCCUACGCCUCCUCUGUCUUCCGGGAGUCGGGAAUGGCCGAGGAGAAGGUCCAGUACGCCAUCAUCGGGACCGGGAGCUGCGAGCUGCUCACAGCUUUCGUCAGCAGUGUGGUAAUCGAGAGGGUGGGUCGACGAGUGCUGCUGAUUGGGGGGUACUGCCUGAUGACCUGCUGGGGGACCAUCUUUACAGUGGCCCUGUGCCUGCAGAGCUCCUUCCCUUGGAUGCCCUACCUGGCCAUGUCCUGCAUCUUUGCCUUCAUCCUCAGCUUUGGCAUUGGCCCAGCCGGAGUGACAGGGAUCCUGAGCACAGAGCUGUUUGACCAGACUGCCAGGCCUGCUGCCUACGUGGUCUGUGGGGUGCUCAUGUGGACCAUGCUCUUCCUGGUCGGGCUGGGGUUCCCCUUCCUCAUGGAGGGUUUGUCCCACUUCCUCUACAUUCCUUUCCUCUGCGUCUGUGUCUGUGGGGCUGUAUACACAGGCUUGUUCCUUCCUGAGACCAAAGGCAAGACCUUCCUGGAGAUCUCCAAGGAGCUGCACAGACUCAACUUCAGCAGGCAGGCCCAGAGCGCCACAUGGCAGGGCCCCGAGGUCAUCCAGUCCACAGAGCUCUAGCAGCAGGGCCGUGGCUGGCCGCCGCCAGAGGCUGCUCUUUCCUUUGCUUCCUGUCUGGGUCUCGGCCCUUUCCAUUCACUAGCUCCCGAAUUCAUUUGCUUAAGAAGUGUUCAUUGAGCACCUACUGUGUGCAGAUGUGGUGCCACUUGGUUAGCGAUCAGUGGUGAGCGAGGGAGACAGGAUCCGGGACCUCUUGGUGCUCCCCGUCUGGAGGCAAUUAAUGGACAGGAAACCAAUAAAAACAUAAUUACAAACUCAGGGAAGUUCAGUGGAAGAGAAAUACAGGCUGUGGUGGGCGUGUGUACCAGCAGCCUUACCUGGUUGUGAGGGGUGGUCAGAGGAACUGAUUUUUUAAAUCAACUUUAUUGACGUAUAAUUUACAUACAAUCAAAUGUAUCCAUUUUAAGUAUGCAUUUGAUGAGUUUUAACGAUACAUACACCCAUGAACAUUCUAUCAAGAUAGAACAUUCACAUCACCCCCAAAGCACUCUCACACUGCUUUGCUAUCAAUAACC